AUGUAUACGCUGAAAUGCGCAAUCAAGGUGCGGAUCCGGAAGCAAAUAGGUCGCGGGGGCAUUCUCGCUGGACAAGGAUCUAAGAGUCCGAAUCUCGGCAUCAACAAGCCAUCAUCGAACGACAAAAAGAAGAAUGCGCUGACAAAAGAGAGCGAGUACGGUGUGCAGGGUAUCAAAGCGCCUUUGAUUGAGGUCGCCGUGAAAGCCGAAGAGAUAUGGGGCCCCGCGCUUGGGGGCCAGGAGAAGGAGGGAAGCCUCAAGUCUAUCGCGGAUUCGAUCGAAAGCUCCGAGGAAGUCUUCAGAGUGUACAAGAGCCUUCAAGAUUGUAUCAAGCGAAGAGAUUACAGUGGUCUUGUGGAGAAUUAUAGCAAGGCCCGCAAAUUCAAGGAAGGCGCUAGACAAAUAGCAGAGAGGGUUUAUCGGAGCGAACAACAACUCACCGAUCAACAAGUCAAUCAAAUAGUAAUCACAGGAAGGGUUUGGUCUGACGUCGAGAAUCGCAUUGAGGAGUUCAAAAGAGAUGUUUGGCGUAGAUUGACCUACGUCCAAAUGAGCUCACAGUCUUCAAUGAGCCAGAGUGAAACCGAGGAUUACAUGCCUUUGAUUAAUGUUCUACUUGAGCUGGGCGUCACUGACAACCCAAUCUGGGUUUGGUUAUUGAGUCGGUACGAUCACCUCAAGAACAAAAUCAACGCUACGUUUGAGCGGUCUAGAGUUGAGAUAGAGGUUUUGCGCCGACGUCUUGCCCAUGCCGAACCACCCUCUCCACCAAUGGUAGCUAGCCAUCUCAAGAGUGCAGCUGACAAGGACCUGGACACUUUAUCCUCAAAGUUAGAUACCUCACGUGUCCUUGAAUUAUGGGAUUUGAUCUACAGUUCCCUUGCAAAUUUACUAUCUACUAAAAGUGGCAUCCUUGGAGAAGUCAUAGAAUUCUGGGAUAAAGCUCAGCAAUUUAUCGAAGGCAGGAUUCAAAAAACCAUGCCUAUCGGCAUAGAUGGUCAAAGUCAAAAGCACCAUCGGCUGCUACCCGAUGGCACAAGGGACCUCCAUAAAGGUGUCUUAGAGCUCAUUGAUAUGCUACAGGACUACGUCCACACAUUCUUCGUUGAAGCACCUAUCAAUGAUGUCUCAAUGCUUUAUUCACCUUCACCGAACACACCAACCCCAACAACGAAGCAAACGCUCUCUCCAUUUGCACAUCAAGAUUCUCGUUUCGUGUUCGAUGAGAACAACCCGCCUCCAACAUCUUUGGCCCGAGGAGAGGCUUGGGAAAAGUUUGCAUUCUGGCCCCCGUAUGCAAAUUCUCUAAGUGGCGUUCACUAUCUUGAGAAGAUCAUGACCUUGGUUGGCUUAGCAGCUGCCGAGAUGGCGGCAAUGGUGACAACGGCUCCCCGAGAGUUGAAUGAGUCGAUAUCGGAAAAGCUUAGAUCGACAGUCACGAGUGCUCGAGAGAGAUCUCUACAGGCAAUAUGCGAUCAAUGGCCUAAAGACUCGGAAAUGUUCAGGUAUAUGGAAGACUGGUCCCGUAUGGUUGACACCCCGGAAUUGACUUAUUUAACAAAAUUUUUGAUUUCUUUUGAGAACACUCUCCUGCUUGGUCUACAGAAGAUUUCCUAUAUCCCUCAAGCUGCUAAUGCUGGAGGAGGCUCCACGGCCAUUAUCACGCCUCCGACAGAGAAGAGCGUAAAAAACAUCAGUAAAACACUACAGGAGUCACUGAAUCUGAUACUCGCUAGCAUGAUGGAAGUAGCAACAAGCUCCAACUCCAUGGAAACAUCCAGUAUCACGGAAGAUGGCGUGAGGAUGAUUGCAAAUACUUCAAGUGUUGGAAGGGGUGUUCCUGUCAAAACCAUCCGCAUACUUCUGACGCUUAUGAACAUCAAGCAUCUAAGGUUGAAGAAACAUUUGUCCAACCUCAGGUCCCAAUUCGGAACUCACUUCUCCUUCCCGUUUGAGAACGAGACACCUCCAUUGAAGAAAUCGCUAAAGGAAAUAGAAGACUCUCUUUUCAAGUCUUACGUCGAUCCUGUUGUGGCAAAGCUUGAUACCUUAAUUCAUGCUGGCAUCGUUUCUGAAACCUGGCUGCCUACUACUUCACGCCCAAGUGAAGUUCGACCCUACGUUUAUGAAGCUCUCUUGGUUCUGGUUACAGUACACUCCGAAGUCUCUGCUACGACCAAUCCAUUCUCAAAGGUUUGGAGGAAGAAGACCGACCAACCACCCAAACCUACAGCUUUCGAAAUGCUCGAAUACGUACUGGUCAAAAUUUCAAACAUCUUCAGGUCCGCGUUCGGACAACGCGAAACAUACCCAUUGAACGCACUUAUGCAGGCUACUCUAGAUAUGGAGUUCGUGGCUCAGACAAUGACACAGUAUUUGACCGACGAAGCAGGGACUGUCCAGGGCGAAGUUUACAAGGACCUGGACAAGAAGACAACCAGGGAAGUCAGCCAAGCUCUCCAAGGCGAGCUGCCUGGAAUGCGGAGCGCGCUGAAGAAACUACGAGAAAGAACUAAAGGCGAAUUUCUUUGUUUCAAAACACCGCCGUUACCUAAAGAUUGA